AUGUCUGUCACUUUACACACGUCGCUAGGCGACAUCAAGAUUGAAGUCUUUUGCGAGAGUGUCCCCAAGACGGCCGAGAACUUUCUCGCCCUUUGCGCCUCCGGCUACUACGACCAGUCGCCCUUCCACCGCCUGAUUCCAAAGUUCAUGGUGCAAACAGGAGCUCCCGCCAACCCGACUGCCGAGAAUCCGAAGGGCGGACAGUCGAUAUGGGGCGCCCCUUUCGAAGACGAGAUACGACCCGCCCUGAGACACAGCGGCAGGGGCUUCGUUUCCAUGGCCAACAAAGGUCCUGGCACAAACGGUUCGCAGUUCUUCAUCACCUUUGACAAGGCGCCCCAUCUCGACGGCUUGAACACCGUGUUUGGCAAAGUUAUCGGCGACGAGGGCCUCGUGACACUGGCCAAGAUGGAGGCCGUCGAGGUGGACAAGAAGAGCCGUCCAAAGGAGCCGUUUCGCAUAGAAAAAGUAACCAUACACGCGAACCCGCUGGCUGAAUAA